ACGUACAACCCCAUGGCUGCCAAUUCUGAGAACGCACAGCAAGCUGCUAAGGGUGAGCUGAGCGUGUUAACCAUGUCGGACGACCAGAUCAUGAACAAAAUUCAUGCAACUCAUGAUGACCAUGCUGACGAAACGUUUGAUCCAGACUCUCUUUUCAUAGUAGCACAAAACAUUCUUAAGCGAGCCACCCAUAUUGUUGACAAUAUGGUGCAGGGCUCUCAGCCACACGAUGAGAACUUGGAGGAAAAGGCGCCCAGCUUCAGCCCCCCCGCGCUGUGCACACUCAAGCAACUUUCUUUUGAGAUGGCAUGCAAGACACCGGGUGAACAAACUGCUGAGGAAACAACAAUGUCAAUACUUAACAAACUCAAAAGCUAUUCAUGGCAUGCCAAGGCUGCGCUGACACUAGCUGCUUUUUCUAUUGAGUACGGGGAUUUCUGGCUCCUUGCCCAACUUUUCUCAUCCAACCAACUUGCCUCAUCAGUGGGAAUACUAAAACGAGUACCAGCCAUCUUAAAGCGUCCAAGUCUAAUUCGCAACUACAGAAAAGAGAUUGUUGAACUUAACAACCUGAUUAAGGCCACAAUGGAAGUCAUCAACUCCAUCUUUGAGUUGGGGAAGCUAUCUAUCGAUUAUACACAGAAUGUAACAGCAUCAAUUGCCAUGGGCCAUCUCCCAGUGGAUGUCUAUUGGGCUAUCAUAACUAUUGUAGCUUGCACGACUCAGAUGUGCUGUCUGACUAGCGAUGAGGACACGACACAGGUGUUAUCGCCCUUUGAUGAUAAAAUCAAACUCACCCUAGACAGUCUAACGAAGCAGAUAAAUCUUAUCAAUCAACAAACAAAGGAAGUACAAGCUUAUAGGAGACUCAAGGACACCAUUGGAAAAGCUACCCUCAUCAUGAAGGUUUUAAAGGCCCUGAUUUUCGCCGAGCAUAAUGUGCAGCAGCUUUUUGAUGGUUCUACUCAAGAAUGGGUUAGCAUCGACUUGCUGGAAAAGAAGAAUGUUCUAUUGUUCUUUUCGGGCCUAGACAUCUCUACUGUUGAUAUCUCGAUUCUAAAGCCAAUCAAUGAUGGAAUAAGGAAGGAUGAUCAGUACAAAAUUAUUUGGAUCCCAAUUGUGGAGCAAUGGACCGAUGACCUGCAAAAGAAGUUUGAGGGGCUGCAGUCUCAGAUGGUGUGGUACACACUGCGGUACUCUGCACCAGCAGGAGGCAUAAGUUUUAUUAAGAAAAAGUGGAAAUUCGAGAAUAAGCCUAUCCUGGUGGUGAUGAACCCACAAGGGAAGGUGGAGCACCUUAAUGCACUCCACAUGAUUUGGGUGUGGGGAAUGAGGGCUCUCCCUUUCACUAAAGCGGCUGAAGAACUUUUGGUGAAGGAACCGAAUUGGAUAGGGGAUAUAAUGGUUGGAAUUUAUCCAAAUUUGCAGGACUCGAUGAAUGAUAAGGACAAGCACAUUUUCUUCUACGGAGGAAAGGAAAAAGAGUCCUGGAUCCGACAAUUUGAAGAGAAAGCAGCUGCCCUGAAGAAUGAUCCCGUUAUAAAGGAAGCUAGGAUUUCCAUAGAGUCGUUUUGCAUAGGAAAAGACAGCAAAGAGAAUGAUGACCACGAGAGCCUAGGGCAUUUUUGGAAAAAAAUAGAAAGCCUUUUCUUCUCCAAGAUUUACAAAGACACCAAUCAGGACCCUGAGAUGCAAAAAAUCCAAAAGUUGCUUUCCUUUAGGAAUGAGAGUGAAUGGGUUAUAGUGAGCAACCUGUCUAAAGUGGAGGUCAUUUGUCAUGGGGAAAUCAUUCUGAAGUUCUUGGGAGAGUUUCAAAACUGGAAGGGUAAAGUACUGCAGAAGAUUGGCUUUAUAGGUUGUUUGAAAAAGUAUGAUGAGGAGAGUCAUGAUGAAGGGGUUAAUCGCCCCUGCUGUCACGUUGACAUCCCAUUCACUUCCGGAAGUAUCCCAAAGCAUAUGAAAUGCCCUCAUUGUGCCCGCAUUAUGGAGACCCGUGUCAACUUCAAGUGUUGCCACAUUGACGAAGCUAUAUGAACGGUCCGCAUUAGACGGCAACCUCCCUCUAUGUACUAAAUAAUGUUGUCCGUGAUAAGUUUGUAAUGCAAGAUCACUAGUACUAUGGUCAUGAAUUUGCUGCGUGUGUAAUAUAUACUAAAAUAAAGGGCGUCUUGAUUGUGUUUGAAGUCUAUCUGAUGCCCAUGAAUGUUAUAUAUGGAAUGUAUGCAAAUAUUAAUACUUCAAGUAUUCAUGUUUG